GCAAGGGGAAGAUGGCGGUGCCCAAGGCCGCGGUGGCGCUGAGGCACGUGAAGAGCGUCAUGGUCCGGUUCUGCCCUUUCCAGACCAACGUAGAAACCACGCGAAUAUUUCUUGAACAUGUAAACAGUAAAAAAGCUCGUGCCUCCAAUAUCAACUGUGUAGUGACAACAGAUGUAAGACAUGAUGGAUCUGAACCAGUUGUAGACAUCAUGUUUGCUGAUGGAGACAGAUUGAUAAUGAAAGGAGCCAACUUGACAGCAGCAGAAAUGUUAUCAGCUUUCAAUUCCAGAUGCAUAGCAAAAGACCUUAAGGCAGAAGAGAAAACCAAGAAAAAGGGUGCUUGAAGAUCAAAGGAACAAUUAUGUUUAAAAUUGUUUAGGCAUGUAAAAAGCAGCGAGCAGCUUUUGUCAUCAGAACUACAUAGGAAACUUCACUAAUAACUGACAUGAAAUCUUAAAAAGAGACAUGGACAAAAUGCUGGCCAAUUCAACAUACAGCUGAAUAAUUCAUAUAAAUAUAUAUUUUUCCUAAGGAAAGUAUAAUGGAGAAGCUAAAAUCAUUAACUCUGGCAGGGUCGGCAAGUCUUGUAUGCACAAAUAAAUUCCUCUAGCCAUA